UCAGAGAAGCCGUAGUGGUAUCUAUGUUUAACAUUCUGUUCUUUUUCGCUCUUCGGAAACUUCUGCAUCUCAAAUUUCUAUACUUCUCUGAGCCAAACUCUGUUUCUCUUGCUCCCUACAUUUCUCAGCAUUCUAAAAGAAAAAAAUUAUCUAUUUUGGCUUUCUGAAAUGCUGGCGUCUCAAUUGUGUUCUGAAUAUUGCCACUGCUCAACCUUACUUGCAAAGUCCUCUCGUCCGCUUGAAUCUUUGAAGUCUGGAGACUCAGACGAGGAACCGAAUGAGAGAAAAAAGUUAAGACGGAUGAGCAUUUCUAAAGCAAAUAAGGGAAACACACCAUGGAACAAAGACAGGAAGCACGGUGCUGUGGAUAAGGGAGGGAACAAGACUUGCAAUGCAGAAUCCGUCAAAAUGAAGUUGGUUAACCUUGGACAUGCUCAGAGCUCAAAAGGUAGGAAGCCAACGCCUGGUACGCAGUCCAAGCAGAUUCCUUCAAAGAUGAAAUCUAGUGAUAUAAACUAUUCUUCUACUAGUGAGACUAUAAUCCCAAUUGAACGGUUAAGGUUACAAAGAAGAAAUAAACCACUUUAUAGGGAUCCUAUGGCAAGUUCCAAACUUGAGAUGUUAAAGAACAUCAGAGCAAAAAGAGUAGGAGAAGAAUCCAAGAAAACUGAAGCUGUUGAACGAGCAAGACUUUUAAUUGUUGAAGCUGAGAAGGCUGUGAAAGCCCCUGAAGUUGCUGCAGUUAAGAGCCCUGUUGUUCGAGCUUCCCUCAUUGAAAGCAGAAAGCUUAUAGCAGAAGCAAUUCAAUUAAUUGAAUCGAUAGAGAGAUGAGAUGAGAAUGGUGG